AUGUCACGUCGAGGUACUGCAGAAGAAACAGAAACAAAUCCACUAUCUGUUUUACGUCAAGCAAUACGUGGAGUAACUCCCGAUAUAGCAGUAAAAGCAAGACGUGUAGGCGGAUCAACUCAUCAAGUUCCCAUUGAAAUAGGAUCCACGCAAGGAAAAGCACUUGCCAUUCGUUGGUUAUUAGGGGCAUCCCGAAAACGUCCGGGUCGAAAUAUGGCUUUCAAAUUAAGUUCCGAAUUAGUGGAUGCUGCCAAAGGGAGUGGCGAUGCCAUACGCAAAAAGGAAGAGACUCAUAGAAUGGCAGAGGCAAAUAGAGCGUUUGCACAUUUUCGUUAA